AUGGAGCAGAUAUUGCAUGGGUUGAAGACUGCAAUGUUGAUGGUGGUGGUUCAAAUAGUGUUUGCAGGUGUUAAUGUGUUGUAUAAAUUGGCAGUUUGUGAUGGAAUGAGCAUGAAGGUUACGGUUGCCUAUCGCUUCAUAUUUGCCUCCGCUCUUAUGAUCCCUCUUGCUCUCCUUGUUGAAAGGAAGAGGCCAAAGCUAACUUGGACUAUACUACUUCAAGCAUUUUUCUGUGGGUUACUCGGGGGCUCAGUGGCUCAAAAUUUGUACAUAGAAGCCAUGGCACUAACGUCAGCAACAUUUGUUUCUGCCAUAACCAAUCUAAUUCCAGCCAUAACUUUCAUUGUGGCCGUCACCAUUGGAUUGGAAAAGGUGGGUUUUGGAACAAUGGCAGGGAAGGCAAAGGUGUUCGGAACAUUAAUUGGACUAGGCGGGGCAAUGAUAUUCACCUUCUUCAAAGGACCCAGAAUUGAGAUGGGAUCGGUCCAUUUAGAUCUAUUACGUCACCUACACCAUGUGCCUUCUUCUUCUUCUUCUUCGUCUAAUUCACAUCCAAGCACUGCCCAUCAUGUAUUGGGAGCUUUGCUUGCUCUUGCCAGCUGUACUUGUUAUGCUAUAUGGUUGAACAUUCAGACGAAGAUGAGCGAGAAAUACCCAUGUUAUUACUCGAGCACAGCAUUGACAUGCACAAUGGCAGCCAUACAAACAACUGCUCUUGCACUUUGCGUGGAAAAAGAUUGGAGUCGGUGGAAAUUGGGUUGGAAUGUCAGGCUUCUCACUGUUGCCUAUGCGGGAAUCUUCGGGUCCGGGUUGAUGAUUAGCUUGAUCUCUUGGUGUGUGCGCAUGAGAGGUCCGCUUUACGCAUCCAGUUUCAGCCCUUUAUCGCUCGUUUUAGUAGCUUUAGCAGGCGCUUUCUUUCUCGAAGAAAAGUUGUAUCUCGGAAGCAUAAUAGGAGCAGUGUUGGUUGUGGUGGGACUAUACAUUGUGCUGUGGGGAAAAGGCCAAGAGAUGAAGAGAAUGAAUCAAUUAGUUUCAUCAAACAAAAACUGUUCCAACAAUGGAGCUAUUCAAGUUGUCGUUGCUCCUUGCGCCGACAACACUUCUACCAUUAAUAACAACGACGACAAUAGUAAGCAUUAA